AUGUUGAUAAGAAAGAAAGAUUCUUGGCAAGACAGGUUUGGGUUUGAUUUAGAAGAGAGUGAAGGGAAUGUGGAAAUUGAGGAUUUCUUAUUUGAAGAUUCUUGGCAAGACAGUGACUCUAUGAAAGGGGGCAUCAAAUCUUCAGCUAAUGUGACUGUCGUGCAAACAAUCAAGAAAUCUAAAAUGAGCUCAGGAUAUCAAGUGAGAACUUGUCAUAUCCAGAGCCCUGGCUAUGCCAGCAUGAUUGUCUGCUCUCCCAUCAGUACAUGUGUGAAGAAUGUUGUCCACCUGAGUGGCCGUGUUCAACAAAUGGGCAGCACUAUUUUGAAUGUGGUGUCUGGUGGAAAAUCCGCUUCUUGCUGUUUUUCUUUGUACCCUGGUCGUUCCAGAUCAAAUUAUUCUCGCUUGUCUGUCUCAAAGACAUUCUCUUGUCCAUCAAUUAGCUUUCAUACGUUUCGUAGAAACUGUUUUGUAUCCAGCUUAACCAAGCAAAGGGCUAAUUUGCAAACAUUAACUGUAAACGGUUUAGUUAAUUCUAGAGGUCCUCUGAAGAGACAGCUCAAUAUUUCAUUGCAAUGCCAAAACAAGAUAGUGAGGCUUUCGGUUUCAAAACAACGAGUGCUAUCCAAAAUCGAGGAUAAUGUGGGAUCUAUUUCUUGGUCACAAGGAUAUACCACCACUGGUAUAAUUUGUGGUCUUCUGGUCUGUUAUUCAAGUUCUGAGCCAACACAUGCUGAAGCAGCUACUCAGAAGAACAAAAAAGAGGACAAUUGCACUUUAUCAGAUGUUACAUUCUCACAUGGGAAGGAAGUCUAUACUGACUAUUCCAUUAUUGGUGAGCAUCAAUUUAUUGUCCAGUCUAUAUACCGAAUACCAGGAGAUGGUAGAUGUUUGUUCCGCUCUGUGGUUCAUGGGGCUUGUUUACGGUCUGGGAAACCAGCUCCAAGUGAAAACCUUCAGAGAGAAUUAGCAGACGACUUGCGUUCUGAAGUUGCUGAUGAGUUUAUCAAGAGAAGGGAAGAGACAGAAUGGUUUAUAGAAGGCUAUUUUGACACCUAUGUGUCACAAAUGAGGAAGCCACAUGUGUGGGGUGGUGAACCUGAGUUGUUAAUGGCUUCACAUGUUCUCAAGAUGCCAAUCACUGUGUACAUGCAUGACAAGAAUGCUGGGGGCUUGAUAUCCAUUGCAGAGUAUGGUCAGGAGUACGGGAAGGAAAAUCCAAUUAGAGUUAUAUAUUAUGGUUGUGGUCAUUAUGAUGCCUUACAGUUACCUGCAACCAGAGGUGGUAAAUCGAAACUUUAA